GUUUAAAACCGCCAUAAACAAAACAAAGAUAAAGUCUAUUUCCUUUUCAUUCUCUUGGUCUGUAGUGAUUAACGUGUGAAUUUUACGUAAGGUUUGCCUAGUCGUCUCUCCAAACAAGCUGGUUAUGAUAUCGAUGUCAGCUGUGUAUAUGAGAGUAACAAGUCACAUAUUCAAAAAUUUGACCCUGACUUAAUUACUCUACCAACAUGGAUGUUGAUCAACCGGAUGAAAAAAUUCAGUCAAACAGACAGGAUGAAGGUCUUUAUGAUUUCUCCUAUGAUGAUGAUGGGGGCAGCAUCAAGUCUCCUGAUGGUGCGAUUGACGAUGAAUCCAACAUGUCCGCCCUUGACCUUUACACUGACAUGGUCGUCAGAGACAGUGAAGAGGCUGCCCUCUCUAUGGCUAAGCUCAAGGAAGAAAAAUCGUCUUUCAAAACUCAGCUUGACGCUGCAUUAAUUGAAGUCAGCAAGUUGACCACAGUGAACGAGACAUUGACCAAAGAGAACCGAGUACUAAAGAGCAACAUAUCUGUUCUGCUAAAGACCGCCAAGAUGGAGAUACAGCGCAAGGAGAGAGAGCUCAAUGAAUUACGCGACAUGCAACUUGAUGGAAGAAGACCAUCAGCAAAUUCUUUUUCUUCAAGGUCACGCAAGACAAGGAGGGGUCCCAAACAGCGGCAGCAGCCUGGACCCCUGCGGCAGAAUGGAGCUCAGCAUCCCAAAGGUCCAAACGCUGGGCCUACCCCCAGGGCUAUGAACAGAACAGGAGACAGUGACAGCGAUAAGGAACAAAAACGAGAUGUUCGAGAGACUAUGUUUGUGCGGAGGCAAAGAGCAAGGAAUCAACAGCAGUCUACAACCUCAACGUCACAAUCAUCCAAAGUGCCACAUCUGUCCUCAGAUAAACGUGAAUCAGGUGGUGCAAAGAGGUCUAUAGGGGACACUUUGCUGCAUCUGUCACGGCAGUCAUCGCAACAGAUUGAAACGUUGCGUUGUGAGACCAAAGAGAAGGACAAGGUUGGACCAUUGAUGAAGGGUUCUGAUGGAAGCCAACUUCAAAGGACAAUGGAGCCAAACACUGCAGAUACAACAAGACACAGUGACCCAAAAGAUUUGGUGACUAAAAAGCCAGAGGUUGUAAUUUCUGCUGUGCCAAGAUUAGAAGCACAGAGAGAAAAGACUACUGAGAGACAUUCACAUCAUCUGAAAGACAGGUCAAGAAGUAGAUCGGUUGAAAGAGCCACUAGGAGUAGAUCUGGAGAGAGGUCCUCUACAAAAAUUUCUGAGGACAGAUCUAAACAGGACCAAAGGAAAGUACAGCCAAGAAGUGGUUCACGUGAAAGGUCAUCCACAAGUAAGUCAGAUGACAAAAGGUUGUCUCCAAGUAGAUCUUCUAGGAGCAGAUCAGAUGACAAGAGGUCUUCCAGGAGUAAAUCUUGUGACAAAAAGUUGUCUCCUAGUAGAUCGUCUAGUAGUAUAUCCCAUGAGAGGAGAUCAUCUAGAAGUAAAUCCCGCGAUAGGGACAGAUCUAAACAGGACCAAAAGAAAGUACAGCCAAGGAGUGGUUCACGUGAAAGGUCAUCCACAAGUAAGUCAGACCAUGACAAAAGGUUGUCUCCAAGUAGAUCUUCUAGGAGUAGAUCAAAUGACAAAAGGUCUUCCAGGAGUAAAUCUAGUGACAGGAUGUUGUUUGGAAGUAAAUCGUCUAGUAGUAUAUCACAUGAGAGGAGAUCAUCUAGAAGUAAAUCCCGUGAUAGGGCAUCAAAUAGCAAGUCUCGUAAUAAACCAAAUGAUCUCAAACAACGGAAGGAGGAAGUUUCUCAAAGGGAAUCAUCAUCUACUUCUAAGAGGUCAAGGUCAGAAAGGGAUGCAAUAGAUAAGCAAGCUGAAUCUCUAGCCUUCAGCCGAUCAAGAACUCCAAGAGAAAAUGUUUCAAAGGACAGACGAAGAGAUAGAGACAGAAGGGAUAGUAGACGAUCUAGUACACCAAUACGAGAUUCAACAAGAAAGGACUCACAAAGGUCUAAGGAGAAUCGGAAAUCAUUGAGCGGUGUUAAAAUGCCUUCAAGCAGGGAAAGGGGGCAGAGUGGGGCAAGAGAAAGAAUGUCUAGCAUCGCAAAGGAGUCUGUUGCUAAAGCUAAGGCUAUGCUAAACAAACGUACAAGUGGUUGUUCCUCUCCCAAGAAAUCUCAUAGAUAUGACAGGAGAAGGUCAUCAAAGGAUCUGUGUUUGGAUGGCUUGACAGAAUGGACAAAAACGGAAUCGAGCCAUAAAGAAACUCGUUCUGGAGAGUUAAGAAAGAAGGAGAGAGGACAUGAAGGCAGUGAACGAAAACGAAAGCACAGAUUAUCAUCUUCAUUUCAGAAAGAAUCCCUAAGUCAUGCCAAAAAGAGGAAGGCUGGUUCCAACAGCGAUGAUACUGGAAAAGUGGACAUUGCUGAUGAGAAUCACCUUGAUGCAGGUGGUAUCAAUUCUUGUACUUAUGAAGAAGGGCACACUGUCCUUGCCUGUGGAAUUAGAGACUCUAUUGAAUGUACGUCUAGUAAGGUAACAGUACUGCACACGAGCGUUAGCGAUGCCUACGAUACUACACAGAGUGAUACAUCCUUUCUACAUGCAUCAGGGUUGCAGGUUGAUAAUGGUGCCCUGAAGCAAUCAACAGGCGAUGCAGUUUACCAUCUGAACAAAGAGAUCAACGAAGAACGGGAACUAUCAGAAGGAGAAAUCGUCAGUGAUGAUGAAGAGGCAAGUAGAACCAAGAAAUCCAAACCGAAGUCGUCAGAGAAGAAAAAGAGGCGAUUAUCCAAACACAGACAUAGUCACUCUAAGAGUACGGAGAGCACAACGCAUUUCCUCAAACCACCGAGAAGAGGCAAGAAGCACAAGAGGAGAAGAAGUUCUGAUCAAGAGGCUCAAGGAAGAAAGAAAAGACCAAAAGAAAAUAUAAAAAGUGAUGAUUCAAUACAAUCACAGACAGAAGAAGAUGCGUCAGCUCAAAAGAGCAAGGCGUGUGAAGGUGGCCUUAAUGUGGAGCUUGUCAGCGAAAAUGCGUUCCCACCUAUAACUGGUUUAGAUGAUUCAGAGAUUGCACUAGGACGUCCAGAUGAUGUGGAUAUGGAAAAGGAUGUAUCAGAGCUCACUGAAACACCAGUGGAUAAUCGUCCUACACCCAUUAGUAAAUCUGAAGCAGUAGGUAUGAUGCAUGUGUCUGAAUCAGCCUUGGGAGCCUGUGGAGAUAUUGAAGAAGUGCCAAAGACUGAGACAUCGAGUUCCCCUGUAGAAGAAGGGGAACAUGAAAAAGAUGAAAAUAGAGGUGAAAGAAUCCUCAAAUUUGAAGAUGCUGUUGAAAGUGAAACUGUCGCUGCAAACGCGAGUACAGAGGCUUUAUCCGAGCAUGCUAUUUCUACACCUAUCAAGGAAUCUGUCUGUGCAGGUGAGAUCCAGGCCCGUCAAGGAGCAACAGAAGCUGAUCCCAAUGUGAGUAGAGGAAUUCUGUUUGAGGAUCUCUGCCUAUCGUCAUCUAUGGAUGAUACAUCAUACCUAUCCUGUGUUAACACCACCUCAGAAAACCAAAGACACAGUUUUAUGAACUCCAUUGAAAAAGUUGAUGAUCUGGUGAAAGAGAUCAGUGAUCCAUUGGUGAAUACUUCAGCUCUUGACAUGGAUGCAAGCCAAAAGCCGACAGAAGGGCAUGAAAAACUUGAAACAGAGAUCAGUGAAAGUCUUGGAAAAUCUGCCUUAGAUCUGCAUCACAUACCACCAAAGACAAUUACAAGUGAACCCAUGCCUGAUCCAAGCAAAAAUGGGGAAAGAUUCUCCAAAUUACAAGUGAAAAAUGCAACACAUGAUCAGAUUGUGACGGAUGGAACUCACCUGGAAACAUCACCUGAUACAUCAGCGGAGUUGAACACCAGUAAAUCAUCUGAACCUGCUCAGAAUGACGCAGUUCAUUCCUGUGAAAAGGAAGUUCUUGUGUUAAAUGAGGAUAAAUCUAAGAGUGAUGAUCAUGUUGCCGAUGAAGAUAAUGAUGCAGUGUCCCUGCUGGCAGCAAGUGGUUAUCUAGACAGCUUCAUGCAUGACAAUGCCCCCAAGGUGAAGAGGCACGUUGAUCUGUCUUUUGAUGAAGUAGAGGAAAGUAGAGGUGUCCUGAAGGAAACAGAAACAGUUGAUAAGACAGAGACUUCGCUGCAUUUGACUUGUGAAUGGAGUAAUAUCGAGUUCCAAGAUUCCUCUACCAAGAUGGGUGCUGAACCUGACCAAGGACCUGUCACUGUAGUUUCUCCAUUUUUUGAUGAUGGAUGUGCCCAAGACAUGGAAUAUGCUACAAAUCCCAUGUUAGAUGAAGAGGAGCAUGAAGAGAAUAAAGAAAUCUUUAAAGGUGACAAAGAAACAGAAAUUGAUUUUGGCAGAACUGUUGGAGACAAUAUCAAGGAGAAAGAGAAAAGCCAGACUUACAUGCCAAAUGAAGCUUCAGAGUUAAGGCCUUCCAAAAGAGACCCUCUAAACCUUGACAACAUGGACACAAGCGUUAGUGAUGCCCUAGCCACUGAAGAAGCCGGAAUCCGUACAGAUGGACAUCAGUCAUGUGAAGUUAAGGUAUCUGGUGCCUCUUACAGCACUGAGAAAAGACAUUCACCCUUAAGUAAGGCAAAGGAGGAAGAUUUAUUUCCAAACAGAGUGAAGGAAGAGGAGAAAGAGGUUGAGAAAGAAAACGUAGGUGAGGAUGAAGCCCAUGUUUCAUCUAAUCCCAUUGUGAUAGACGAUGAUGGGGUUGAAAGUGAACUCGACUUUGAAGAGGAUGAGGAGGAAGAACAGGAGGAUAGUGUCUACAUUGUUGAUGUACAGCCUGCAGACCCUCGUAAAAGAAAAAGAAAGCAAGAGGAUGAUUCCUGUAAGGAAAGUGAAGAGGAGAGCGAGGAGUUGAACCAGUCAGAGAGUGAUACCUCUGAUCUAGAAAGUAAACGGGACCCCUUGAAGACUUGUGUGAGUCGUGAUGAACCAUCUGCAGUUGGAGAGAGCGAAGGCCAUGACAAGACCAUCUCUGGCAAAGGCCUGUUGGAAAGUAAUGAAGUUGAGAGUGAUCUUGAUUGGGGAAGUGAGCCUGAAGAACAAAAUGAAGAAUAUGAUGUUUCUGAGGAUAGAGAGAAAGGCACUGAUAAAGAUAACAAGGAGAAUGGAAAGCUAGAUAAAAAGGAAGAGGAGGAUGAAAAGACCGAUGGGGAUCAGCAGAAGUGUGAGGAGGAUUCAGAAGAAGAAGGUGAGAUUCUUGACGAAGAGGAAGGAGAAGAAGAGCACUCCGAUGGAAGACACGACAGAAAAGAACCAAGUGAGAAAUCAAGAAAAGAUCAAAGACAUAGAAGAGAUCACCAAGGGCAUAGUCAGAGCCACCUCCACAGAUCCGUCCAUAGGGAUUCCUCCAGUGGAAAGCGGGAGAGGAGUUCCGACCUCCGUAGACUUGAUGUAGAGGGAAAAGGCGAGAGAGGAAGAAGUGGCUCAUCAGACCAGGACCGGAGGUCACAUAGAGAAGUGCAGGAGAGAGACAAUCGGAAACAUCCCAAGAGAGAGGACAGAGAGCGAACAGGAAAAGGGCGUAUCAAUGAGGAACGAUCCCGAAGGAUGAAGGAAGAUAGGCGGGAAGCGUCUGAGAGGAGAAAGGAAGAGGACAGGAAAAAAGCUUUGGAAAGGAAACGAGAGGAAGACCGUCGAAGGUUGGAUAGGAGAAAGGAAGAUGAAAGAAGAGAAGCAAGAAGAAGAUUAGAAGAAGAGCGUAGGCAACAUGAAGAAAAGAAGAGAGCCCGAACGAGAGAAGAGAAUAAAAAGGUCAGAUCUAGGUUACAUGAUAGUGAAAAGAAGAGAGAGCCAUCAAGAAAAUCAAAGAAAGUUUCAGAAAGCAGGAAAUCCUAACCCAUUGCAUUAAAAGUCAUCAUGUAUGAUCGAUGCAAUAUGAAAUUAUUGCCCAAGUAUAAAUGCUCAGAAUGCUCUGACAAUCGCCUUUACAAUCUCCACUUGAUCAUGAUUUAAAAUGCCCCAUUUACCAUGGAUUUACAUUUUGUUAUUGGGGAGCAUGUGUAAAAAAUACUUUUCACUUUUUGGGAUCUACAUUUAUUUUAUUUAAUGGCAGAGGUCAGAGUGUAUUCAUAAGAUGGGACUAAAUCUAGCCUUGAGAUUUUCUUGAGAGAGUCAUUUAACUUCAACGUGUAAGAACUUUGUAUGGAGGCAAAAAAGGGGGAAAUUAACAAGAGACACCUUUUCAACCAGAACAUAGAAGUAGAUGGACUGUAGUUUGAUUUGGCGUUG